AUGAAUGCCCAAGUGCUAGUUGACUGGGAGAACUGUGACAAGACUGACACUCUCUUUGUUGUAAUCUGUAGUGUCAUUUGUUGGGGAAUCAUCCCAGCCGUCGGCCUCGGAUAUUCGGGGUACUCAACGCGCCAUAACUCUCUGGCAUCUUUCUUCCCCGCGUUGCUGGCGGUUAUCUGCGUGUCCCUCCAAUGGUAUAUUCUAGGCUAUUCGCUAGCUUAUGGAGAAGGCAAUGGGUUUAUCGGAGACUUGAAAUACGCUUUCCAUCGAGGGGUUCUUGCGCAGCCAGUUGGCACCAUUCCAGCUAUACUAUUCAGUGAAUUUCAACUUAUUUUUGCCGCCACUGUUGCCGCGAUUGCCAUUGGAGGUUCUUGUGAGAGAGGCAGACUGCUCCCCCUGAUCCCUUUUCUUUUCCUUUGGACCACCUUUGUAUACUGUCCUCUGGCACACAUGGUAUGGUCCGAGACUGGAUUCUUAAACCAAAUGGGCGUUCUCGACUUUGCCGGUGGUACCCCCGUGCACAUCUGCAGUGGUGCCACUGCAACCGCGAUUUCGGUCUACCUCUCACAUCCCAUUUUUCGCUCGCGAAAGUCAACUGUCCGGACACCAUCGCAUUUGAAGCUUCACAAACCACACAAUACCAUCUCCCAGCUCUUAUCUCUGGUCACUAUAUGGGGAUCAUGGCUUGCUUUUGAUGCUGGCACUACACUGAGUUUUAACUUCAAGUCUGUUCAUGCUCUUUGUGUUACGAACCUUUGUGCAGCUGCCGGGGCCUUGACAUGGAAUAUGAUCACGUAUUAUGAGAGCGGCAAGUUCUCCUUGGACUCGACUUUCCUUGGGGCAAUCUCAGGGUUGGUUAUGAUUACUCCCUCGGCUGGCUUCAUCAGCAUGACAUCGUCUCUUUUCUUCGGCAUUGUUGGAGCAUUGGUUUGUCGCCAGGCUCUGCGGAUUAAGUUCACUUCUUUGGCUCGCAGUCUCAAGUGGGUGGAUAACGGUGAUAGCUUUGCUACCCAUUGCGUCGGAGGGUUUGUGGGGACGAUUGCGACCGGUCUCUUUGCCAGUCGAGAAGUGGCUGCAUUUGAUGGAACGACCGAAAUUGCCGGUGGGGUGUUUAUCGAUGGCAACUUCCAUCAAGUUUUUAUCCAGAUCAUCGAAGCCACCAUUGGCUUUACCUGGGCAUUUGGAAUCUCUUAUUUGAUAUUUGCUGGCCUAGACUGUAUUCCCGGCCUUGAGGUUCUUGCCAUAGACGAUGAAAUUAUUGCUGGACUGGAUACUCUCCAAGUGGAAGAAUCACUCCAUAGUGCGCAAUGGAAAGAUGAAGAGGAUUAUUCCGCACUGGAAUCCGCGGGUGGUGUUUGCUUGGCAUGA